AUACAGGGAUUGUAAUAUUUGUAGGUCAGAAACAUUGGUUGUGAAAGCUAGAACUUUAAAAUCACUUGGACACUGGAACAUUGCUCUGCUCAACAUGGAACAGGUAAUAUUUUAUACCGCUGAAGAUAAUUUGUAUUGUUGUGUUGCAGGUGCUGAAGUGAAUUUGUGGUGCGGUGUUGCAGGUGUGGUAUGUAAUAUAAAACUUUGAAAGAUGGGGGGAUAUCAUAUGGAUGGGCACAAUUAUUCAAUUCUACUCCAAAUUAGUUGAACAUAGCUGCCCUGCUUCCUAACCAUGCACCAGGUGGACUGUAGGAUGCAGCAUUGCUCAUGUACCAGUUUUGUUGUUCAUUUUGUAGAAACCCAUUCUGCUGUGCUUGUCUUCAUGUUGGCUACAAAAAUUUGUAUUUCAUCAGCUUCACCUCUAUUUACUUAGCAAAAAUUGCUAUAUAGGUGACGUCCAAACAGAUUGUAAUGUAAUUUGAGUCUGAAAUAUUCUAAAAGAAAGUAUUUGUAUGUAGUAUAUAGACUAGUAAGUACCUAUAGCAAGUGACUACCAAUCCUUAAUGUUCCUAAUGGUUGACUAUCAUUUUGUUGCCUAAUCAAGUCCUGAACCAUUGCCAUGGAUGUAAUAAAUAUUGUAUCAUAUAAAGAGGAAAUAAAAGCAAAAAUACAAGAGGAUUUGCAGGAUUCUAUUUCACACCUUCAAAGACAUAAUGAUGAACUCCUUGAUCUAUUGAAGAGUUUGCUGCUUGCUGAAAAUCAGGUAACUGAGAGCCUCACAACUAGCAGGAAACAAGUGAAAGAGUCAUGCUCAAAGCUAAGGCAACUGCUUCUCGAAGUUGUUAGUACAAGAGAACAAGAACUUCUUGCAAAACUUGAACAAGUGGAAGAAGAGGCACUGUCACCUCUUCUUGACUGCAAAAAGCUUCUCUCUGAGUCCCUGAGAAGCUCCCAAGAACUGCUAGAACAUGGCCAGGUGCUGUCUUCUGAAGCUGGCAGGAGUUAUGAACCUGGCAAACACAGCUCCAGCAAUACUCAUGUUAUGAUCACCAAAGAAUCGAUCUCAAAAUUUCAAAAGCAAGCUGCACUUAGAAAUUGCCUGCCCAGUGUGCCAGAUCUGCAUGGUGUAGUCUCAGUCAGCGUUACGUUCACUGCUUCUAUUCCUGCCUUACUCACAUCACUACUACAGCAAUAUGGUGAAGUGCGGUGGCUUGGACCGGUGCAGAUCACCUCUGUUUUUGAAAAACCUGGAGCCCUUAUGGUGCACUGGGAAGAGAUAUCAUCAGAAGUGGAUGAUGACGAAGGUGAUGAGGAACAGCGUGAGUUUGUCCUUCAAUGUAGCGGUGCUGACGAAGAAUUAGAGUUUGCCCACUACCGCACUGUGUACACUGGCCCUGAUGACAGCUUCCUCCUGCAGCAGUUGUGCACUGGUGCCAAGUAUUGGCUCAGAGUCGCCCACUUGAUUGAUAAGAAUUUGGCUAGGACUUGUAAAGUGUGUGGUGCAGGACCUGCCAAGCCUGUUGAACGAUCCACCACUACUGAAGUUUGUGCCGAUGUUUGUGCCUGGAGUUUGCCACGACAAUCCAGCACUAGUUUACCUCACUACCGCUGGGGUGAUAGUGAAGACUGGCGAGUAGCAGACGAUGGAAGACUGGCGACUAAAGUAAACAGCAGUGCAUCGGUCUUGUGUUCUGCUGCUGCACAAGUUAUGCCCGGGUACUCAAUCUCUCUGCAGAUCGUAUCAGGCAAUGAAGGUUGCUGUGACGAAGGCAUGGCUAUCAGUUGGCAGGCGCUGGCGUCGCCAGACGCUCUCACCGCGCCUGGGACAAUUUUCCUCAGCGCUACCGGCAGUGUCAUAGUGGACGGCGACUCGCGUUCUAUGAAACUGCCCUGCCUGUCGCAGGGCAGCGUCGUGACCGUCAUCGUCGAGCCCACGAGCUGUUCCUCGAGACUCCGCGUGCAUACGGAGACAGGGGGCAAGCGGGUUACGUACGACUGGCCAGUACCUGAGAAGUUUGCCGCUGAUCCACGCCUUUACUUCUGUGCCUGUUUCUCGGGACCUGCCUGGGCUGUGCGAGUUUUUUGAAGAACUAGAUUAAGUUUCAUUUGUGUUGAGUGAUUAGUCAUUUCAAGUAUUGUUUAUAAUUGUGAUCCUGCUUAUGCUGUUUACGAUUUAAGCCGGACGCAUUCAACGUUAAGAAUCAAACUCUAUUGUGUGUGAUGAUGCUAUGUAUACUGCAUAAAUUUUAUUAUCAUUUUACUAAUGACAAUUUCAUUAGAAAUAAUGAACGGGAAUAAUCUAUCGCACAACGUUCCUGGUGAAAUGCUGUUCAUCUUCCGAUUUGUCUUGUUACUGCUCAUGAACAUCUCAAAUUUUAGCUGUUGUCAACAAGGUAUUAACUAUCAAAUAGGCAGGAAUUAAUAAAUGAUCUAACGUGCACGCUGUAGUUAGAAACUUUUUACGCGACAAUGUGUUAUUGUUUC